AUGCCAAGGUCUUUUCUGGUGAAAAAGGUGAAGCUUGAUGAUUUUUCAUCCACUGAUCUCGAAAGCGCUUAUGGCAGGUCCAGGACCGAUCUCAGUCUACGGAUUCAUGAAAAAGGAUACAUUAGCGACUACAUCACCCCAGCGGUUUACGAUGGAGAGAGUGACGGUGCCAUUAAAGUACCCUCUCCAGAACCCAUCUUUGAUGGGAUUCACAGUGAUUAUGGGGCGCCCGACUCAGACCAACCGGACAGCCCGCAGUCGGAGAUCACCUCCGGUUACAUCAACGGGGACAACGCAGUGAGCGAGGGCUAUACCGUAGACGCUUUCUUCAUCACGGACGGCAGGUCAAGGAGAAAAGUGAUCAGCAGUACGCGGAGCAUCCAGCGGCACACGUGUAACGAAUGUGGCAAAACCUACGCAACGUCUUCCAACCUGAGCAGGCACAAACAAACGCAUCGGAGCUUGGACAGCAAAAUGGCCAAGAAGUGCCCGACAUGUGGGAAGGUGUAUGUGUCCAUGCCAGCUAUGGCCAUGCAUUUGUUGACCCAUGACCUCAAGCAUAAGUGUGACGUAUGUGGCAAAGCGUUCAGCAGACCGUGGCUACUACAAGGCCACAUGAGGUCUCACACGGGCGAGAAGCCCUUUGGAUGCGCACACUGCGGAAAAGCGUUUGCCGACCGUUCAAACCUACGGGCGCACAUGCAGACUCAUUCGGCGUUCAAGCACUUCAAAUGUAAACGAUGCAACAAGACUUUCGCGCUCAAGUCUUACCUGAACAAGCACUACGAGUCCGCGUGCUUUAAAGGCGCGUUCUCGCCACUCACGUCACUUGAAGCAUGA